CUAUUAGCUGUUUUCGCUGGGUUCGCGUGUUCGCGUCUUCUCGCUGCCAUUUCUGCCAUUUCUGCCAUUUCUGCCCCCAAGUCCUCGCCCUUUCUCGCCCAUUCUCACCCUUCCCCAGCCGGUCAGCAAUCUUAUUAGAGCGCAGUAGCCUUUAUUUGCUAAUUAUCAAUACGGGUCGACGGCCUCACCUUCUUGCUAUCAUUAAAUACCGGGCUUGGCUUGCUUGCUUGCUUGUCUCGCUGAACGCAGCCAUCUAUUUUAACCGAGGCGCGUUGGUAGAUGAUGGUAGAUGGGGGUAUGGGUGGAUGCGGCGGUUAUCAUCCCGAUACAGUCCACGAUACACGAUACACGAUACACGAUACAGAUCAUCCGUCCAGCUGUUGUACUGCUCCUCACGGUCCAGCUCCAUGGAACCCGCCCGGAACCUUCUGCCUGCUUACUACAUACAUACAUACAUACAGCUUAGCUAGACAUGCUGUCAACUUUGUCAAGUGAUGAUAAUGCCGGGCUGUUGCUGCAAUAGUAGUAGUGGUAGUACUAACUCCCCGUUACAAACCACCACCACUGCCUCCACUGCCCAUUACCAACACUCUCCCCGGCCGACAGUCGCGAGAUUCGCUCUUCGCUCUUCGCUCUCCGCUCUCGCCAUACAGUACGUGACGCCGCUCCGUUGCUCUCAGCACAACUACACGCACACGCACACCCACGUUGCGCGCGAGUGCCGAUCAUCGCACAACCGCCGCACCCUCCUCCAUCCGUCACCUGUCACACGAAUAAUAACGUCAACAACAAUCUUCGGCUGCUGUGACCAUCGAUAGAUAAUAGGGCUGAGGACGUGCAUGAUGCCUGGCAGAAAGGGGGGGUCCAGAUGCAGAUACGAUAAAGUACCUACUACUUACUACCUAGCAGAACAGAC